GAAAACACACACACACACACAAAAAAAAGAAGGUGAAAAACGGUAACCCUCACCCUUCUCCUUCUUCGUCGGCCGUAACCCUCUCGGUCCCACUCUCGAGGGUAGCCCUCAGUCUUCUCACUCCCGUAACCCUCUCUCUCUCUCUCUCUCUCUCUCGGCGAAGGUCUCAUCGGCAGUUCUGGAACCGGGAAGUCGAAGAUGGUGCUGACUGGCGAAGGUGGUCAACGGUGAAGUUCCUCAACAGCAUUUCGGUCACUCAACCGGUUUCGGAACGUCGAAGGUCACUCAAUCGAUGCUCAACAGGGAUUCUGGCCUGGUCACUCAGCAGGAACCACGGCGAGAAGAAGUGGCAGUGCGACAAGUUCUUCAGAAGUACGUUCAAUCCGAUUGGAUGGCUCACACCUAGAAUAUUCCAUAGUUGUCUCUGUGACUGUUUAUUUGGGACCCAUGGUUGUCAAGUUUGCACUCUUAUUAUGGCUUGAUGGUAGUUUGUGAAACAUCAUUUCAUGACUCCUCUGCUUUGAGGGCAUUUGAAUUUGGAAAUACUUCAAUUGGCACCCUCUUCUCCAGACACCAGAAGGAUAUUGGAGUGGUGGAACUGGAUCUGUUUCUAGAUGGCUGUUGACAACCGUGGACUAAAACUGCACAAUGCAACUUCCUAUGCUUUGUUGCUCACCAUUUUAGUGCGUAAUGGCUCACUGCAUUUCGCUGAGAGUGUUCGCAUCUCGAUGAUUAAGUCCGCAAAAUCUGAAGAAGAUGUAAGGUUUGUGCUUGACUUCUUGAAAAAAUUGGAUUCAGGUGAUGGUGGUGGGAGGUUUACAUUCAAGCUCAAUGUUAAAUGUUAUAAUUUGAUUCUAAUGUCGUUGUCGAAAUUCGGGCUGAUCGAUGAGAUGAGGAUGUUGUACCUAAAGAUGUUGGAUGAUAUGGUUUUGCCAAAUAUUUAUACUUUCAAUACAAUGGUGAAUGGUUAUUGCAAGUUAGGAGAUUUGUCUGAGGCAAAUGUGUAUGUGAAUAAGAUUGUGGAGGCUGGUCUCUCUUUGGAUACGUUCACUUACACUUCUUUGAUCUUGGGUCAUUGUAGGAACAAAGAUGUGGAUGGUGCUUACAAGGUGUUUGAGAUUAUGCCGCAUAAGAGUUGUCGAAGGAAUGAGGUUUCGUACACGACUCUCAUACAGGGGCUUUGUGAAAUAGGGAGGAUUGGUGAGGCGUUGAAGUUGUUUGCGCAGAUGGGAGAGGAUAAUUGUUCUCCAACUGUUCGAACGUACACUGUUUUGAUAUGUGCAUUGUGUUAUUUAGGUAGGAAAAUGGAUGCACUGAAACUGUUUGAAGAAAUGAGUGGAAGAGGUUGUGAACCUAAUGCUCAUACUUACACUGUGUUAAUUGAUUGCUACUGUAAGGAAGGUAAUGCUGAUGAUGCCUGGAAAAUACUGGAUCAGAUGUUGAAGAGAGGUUUAGUUCCUAGUGUGGUCACAUUCAAUGCAUUAAUUGAUGGGUACUGUAAAUUGGGAAGAACUGCAGAUGCGUUGCAAAUUUUGAGCCUUAUGGAGUCAAAUAAUUGUAAUCCGAAUGCUCGUACAUACAAUGAAUUGAUCUGUGGGUUUUGUAAAGUAAAAGAAGUGCACCGGGCAAUGUGGUUGCUUAAUAAAAUGAUUGAGCGCAACCUAUCACCAACCAUUGUUACAUACAACUCAUUAAUCUAUGGUCAAUGUAAAGCGGGUCAUUUGGAUAGUGCUUAUAGGUUGCUUAACUUGAUAAAGGAAAAUGGCCUUGUUCCUGAUCAGUGGACUUACAGCAUUUUUAUAGAUACUCUCUGCAAACAAGGGAGAGUAGAAGAAGCUCAUAAAUUCUUUAAGUCCAUCAAGGAGAAAGAUCUUAAGGCAAAUGAAGUUAUGUAUACUGUUUUGAUUCAUGGGUAUUGCAAAGUUGGGAAGGUUGAUGAUGCUCAUUCUCUGUUCAAAAUAAUGCUUGCUGAGGAAUGUCUACCAAACACAAUCACUUUCAAUGUCUUGAUUGACAGCUUGUACACAGAGAAAAAGGUGGAUGAGGCUUUACAGCUUAUGGAUGAAAUGAUAAAAUUGAAUUUAGUUCCCACAGUUGAAAUAUAUACAAAUAUCAUCUCUGAAAUGUUGAAAGAGGGUGACUUUGAUCAUGCUGAUAUAAUUCUUAACAAAAUGAUAUCCUCAGGAUGUAAGCCUGAUGUAUUUACUUAUACGACAUUCGUGCAUGCAUACUGCAGUCAAGGAAGGUUGGAAGAGGCAGAGAAUGUUGUAGUCAAGAUGAAGGAGGAUGGAAUCCUUCCUGAUUCAUUGACUUACACAUUUUUAAUUGAUGGAUAUGGGUGCAUGCAAUUGAUUGAUUGCUCCUUUGGUGUUCUCAAGCGAAUGUUUGAUGCUGGCUGUGAGCCAUCUCAUUAUACAUAUGCAUUUCUCUUAAAGCAUUUGGCAAAGAAAAUGCAAACUAUAAAAGAUGGUUGUGCUGUUGAAGGUUCAUUUGUUCCUGGUGUUGUUCCAAAAGGUAUAGCAAGUGUUUGGAAUGUAAUUGAUCUCGAUAUCACAUCUCUACUGUUUGAAAAGAUGGUUGAACAUGGUUGCAAACCUAAUGUCGAUACCUACAGCAAGCUUAUUAUAGGACUCUGCAAGGUGGAUCGCUUGAAUGUGGCAUUUAGAUUAUUGAAUGACAUGCAAGAAGCUGGAAUAUCUCCUAGUGAGAUUGUUUACAAUGAACUUCUUAGUUGUUGCUGCAGGUUGGAAGUGUAUGACAAAGCAUUGAGCAUUUUAGAUGCCAUGGUUGAGAAUGGCUAUUUGGCACAUUUAGAAUCCUACAAGGUGCUUAUUUGCGGGCUAUGUGAUGAAGGGAGAAAAGACAAGGCUAAAUCACUAUUUCAUACUUUGCUUUGUAGUCAGUAUAAUCAUGAUGAAAUGGCUUGGAAAGUUCUGAUUGAUGGUUUACUUAAGAGGGGUUAUAAUGACGAAUACUCAAUGUUUCUGAGUCUCACAGAGAAAAUAGGUUGUCAAUUUCAUCCUUCUACAUAUGCAAUGUUGAUCGAUGGACUUGAUGGUACAUAAGAUAGUGGAUAUUUUUAUUGUUUUUGAUUGAUCCUCAUCUACAAUGAAGAGAUUUCCAACUAAUUGUUUAUAAGCUUGCCAAGUUCAAAACAAAUAUCAAAUUCUUUCCAUUCUUCAAAUCAGAAUAUCACCAACACUAGAAGUCAUGUUUUUCAUGAAUAGAGUGGCAGGUUCUUGAAUGCACAGACCAUAGUUAUUUUGACAGCUAGCUGUAUUUGUGGCACUAUCAAAAGCGAUUUGAAGAUCAGGAUUGUCAUAGUUAAUAAUGCAGUUAAAAUUUUGAAAGCAUCAAGAGUAGCUGAAGCUACCGGGCUAUGGCAACAAGGUUUGGACCAUGGGUUUUGCCGUUUUGGCUGGUGCCGCUACAGUUGCACACAUCCACAAUCUAACCACCACAGAUGAGUUAACUCUGCCAGUGCCAGUGAUAGAACAGAAGUUGAAGGAAGCCAAGAAGCAAAGUGCAAAAUACGUACUUGAAAGUUUUUUUUCCCCCUAAGAGAACCAGUUUUCUGAAGCAUGCGAAUCACACCUCACAGGUUUGCAGCCUUUGUUUCGUUGGAGAAAAGACUUCUCAGCUCAAGGAACCCCAAGGUGUACUAACAGAAUGUCAUUUAUAAAUUAUACUUGAUUGCAGCAGGCACCCGUGAUGCUUGAAGUUGAAAUGUCAUUUAAUAAAUGGUCGUGGAGCACAUCUAACUUGGAAUUUCUCUCGUCGGGGACGGAGGGAGAUUUUUUUGUCAGGAAAUCUUGGAAAGCAGCAAGUUUCCUUCCCUCGUUGUAAUAAUUUCGAUUGAUUCUGUAAAUUUCGAUUAUUAUUAAGAUGCUAUAUAAUUGAUUCCAGUAUCGGACCAUUUGUUGCU